AUGGAGAAAUAUGAGAAGCUGGCCAAGAUCGGUGAAGGAUCGUAUGGAGUGGUGUUCAAGUGUCGGAACAAGGAGACCGGUCAAGUGGUGGCUAUCAAAAAGUUUGUGGAGUCCGAGGAUGAUCCGGUUAUUAAAAAGAUAGCUUUACGUGAAAUACGUAUGUUGAAGCAACUAAAACAUAGCAAUUUGGUGAAUCUGCUGGAGGUUUUCCGCAGGAAGAGGAAACUCCACCUGGUCUUCGAAUAUUGUGACCAAACUGUUCUUAAUGAGCUGGAGAGACACCCAAAUGGGGUCCCUGACUCAACAACAAAAAACAUUGUACAGCAGAUCCUACAAGCUGUCAACUUCUGCCAUAAGAAACAGUUGCAUCCACCGAGACGUCAAACCAGAGAAUAUUCUACUGACCAAACAAGGAGUCAUAAAACUCUGUGACUUUGGCUUUGCAAGAAUCCUAACUCGGCCUGGAGAUGAUUAUACAGAUUAUGUGGCUACACGAUGGUAUCGUGCUCCAGAACUGCUGGUUGGGGACACGCAGUAUGGGGCAGCGGUUGAUGUUUGGGCCAUAGGUUGUGUCUUUGCUGAGAUGCUGUCUGGACAACCUCUGUGGCCAGGAAAAUCUGAUGUGGACCAACUCUACCUCAUCAUUAGAACGCUUGGAAAGCUGAUCCCCAGACACCAGUACAUCUUCCAUAGUAACGAGUUCUUCCAUGGUGCCAGUAUCCCAGAGCCUGAUCCAGAUGACGUGGAGACCUUGGAGGAGAAGUUCCCUCAUAACCAACCUGCAGCCAUGGCCUUCAUGAAGGGCUGCCUGCGGAUGGAUCCUGAUGACAGGCUGACUUGUGAGCAGCUCCUGGAGAGUGCCUACCUAAACCCCACCCGUGAGGAGCCAGAAAAGAGAAAUAGGAAGGGGCGGAGGAGGCAACAGACUCAACUUCUGCCUCAUAUUCCCGGAAAUGGAGUCUCUCCAGCCCCAGAGGGGAAAAACAAACCUCGUCCACAGAAGUUUGACCAUUUCCCCAACAUUUAG